UUUGUCCCUCUGCCGCCGCCGUCCGAGAUAUUAGUCACCGAGAACGAGGGCAGGGGAGCGUGUGUUUCGGGGGAGCCGGCUGGCGUUGCCGGCACCAUGGAGUCACCUUUGAGCCCGGGACUCUCUUACCGGCCGGGAGAAGACUGGGACUCGACUCUAUUUGCUGAACUUGGCUAUUUCACGGACACUGAUGACCUGCAAUUGGAUGCAGCAAAUGAAACUUAUGAGAACAAUUUUGAUAAUCUUGACUUUGAUUUGGAUUUGAUGCCUUGGGAAACAGGCAUUUGGGACAUCAACAACCAAUUCUGUACAGUUAAAGAUAUUAAGGCAGAACCUCAGCCGCUUUCUCCAGCCUCCUCAAGUUGUUCAGUCUCAUCUCCUCAGUCAGUGGACUCUUACUCUUCAACCCAGCAUGUCCCUGAGGAGUUGGAUUUGUCUUCUACUUCCCAGAUGUCUCCCCUUUCAUUGUAUGGUGAAAACUCUAAUAGUCCCUCCUCAGCAGAGCCACUGAAGGAAGAUAAGCCCAUUGUUGGUCCUAGGAACAAAACUGAAAAUGGACUGACUCCAAAGAAAAAAAUUCAGAUGAAUUCAAAACCUUCAAUUCAACCCAAGCCUUUAUUACUUCCAGCAGCACCCAAGACCCAAACAAACUCCAGCGUGCCAGCGAAAACCAUCAUUAUUCAGACACUACCAACACUCAUGCCAUUGGCAAAGCAGCAACCAAUUAUCAGUAUACAUCCUGCACCUGCUAAAGGUCAGACCGUAGUGCUUUCUCAGCCUGCUGUGGUACAACUUCAGGCGCCUGGCGUUCUGCCCUCUCCGCAGCCCGUCCUCACUGUCACUGGGGGAGCCGCACAGCUACCUAAUCACGUGGUGAAUGUGGUACCCACUCCUGUGGCGAAUAGCCCAGUGAAUGGAAAACUGUCUGUGACUAAACCUGUUCUACAAAGUACCAUGAGAAGUGUGGGCUCGGAUAUUGCUGUGCUAAGGAGACAGCAACGCAUGAUAAAGAAUCGAGAGUCGGCUUGUCAGUCCCGCAAGAAGAAGAAAGAAUAUAUGCUGGGGUUAGAGGCAAGAUUAAAGGCAGCCCUUUCAGAGAAUGAGAAGCUGAAGAAAGAGAAUGGAUCACUGAAACGGCAGCUGGAUGAAGUUGUAUCAGAGAACCAGAGGCUUAAAGUUCCUAGCCCGAAGCGAAGAGCUAUCUGUGUGAUGAUAGUAUUGGCAUUUAUAAUACUGAACUAUGGACCUAUGAGCGUGUUGGAACAGGAUUCCAGGAAAAUGAAGCCUAGUGUGAAACCUGCAAAUCAAAGGAGGCAUCUUCUAGGAUUUUCUGCCAAGGAGGUGCAAGACACGUCAGAUGGUAUCAUCCAGAAAAACAGCUACAGAUAUGAUCAUUCCGUUUCAAAUGACAAAGCCCUGAUGGUGCUAACUGAAGAACCACUACUCUAUAUUCCUCCACCUCCUUGUCAGCCCCUGAUUAACACCACAGAAUCUCUCAGGUUAAAUCAUGAACUUCGAGGGUGGGUUCAUAGACAUGAAGUGGAAAGGACCAAGUCGAGAAGAAUGACGAACAAUCAACAGAAAACCCGUAUUCUUCAGGGUGCACUAGAACAGGGCUCAAAUUCUCAGCUCAUGGCUGUUCAAUACACAGAAACCACCAGUAUCAGCAGGAACUCAGGGAGUGAGCUACAAGUGUAUUAUGCUUCACCCAGAAGUUAUCAAGACUUCUUUGAAGCCAUCCGCAGAAGGGGAGACACAUUUUAUGUUGUGUCAUUUCGAAGGGAUCACCUGCUGUUACCAGCUACCACCCAUAACAAGACCACACGACCAAAGAUGUCAAUUGUAUUACCAGCAAUAAACAUAAAUGAGAAUGUGAUCAAUGGGCAGGAUUACGAAGUGAUGAUGCAGAUUGACUGUCAGGUGAUGGACACCAGGAUCCUCCACAUCAAAAGCUCGUCAGUUCCUCCUUACCUCCGAGAUCAGCAGAGGAAUCAAACCAACACCUUCUUUGGUUCUCCUCCAGCAGCCACGGAGGCAGCCCACGUUGUCAGCACCAUCCCUGAGUCAUUACAAUAGUACCCUGGGGCUACGUUGGAAAACUAAGAGUGGGACCUGCCAAAUUGGAGAAUGGGUGAGAGAAAUGCUUCCUUCCGCCUUCUGGGUGGCAAGCAGAGGACUGCCUCACAACAGAGUUCAAGGGAUAGAAAGGGAGAAAAAGAAGCUGCUCUGUUUUUCAUCAUCUGCCCAUCUACUUGGAAAGCACUGGAAUUCUGAUGUAAGGGGAACAGCAUUUCUCCACUGGUAAAUGCAGCCCUGCAUCUUCCAGUGUGUCCUGGCGUGGAUUUUGUCUGUACCUUUUUAAAUUGCUUUUCCCUCUAUAUUUGUUUUGUGUUUAAAUAGUCAUCUUCUUUCAAAUAAGCUCCUCUUCCCCUCUCUGCCAUUUCACUUAUUGAGACAGUAAAGAGAUUCUUAUUUACAGCUAACAGCACACAGGCGUUUCCACUGAUUAGAUUUUUCAUUAAUUUAAUGCAAACCCAUUGUGGAUAUUGUGCUUAUUGGAUAACAAAUUUCAAAACCAGAAGGGCCAAAAACAUCCCCAAAACAGUCAAAACAAUUUGGAGCUUUAGGUAAAGGGAAAAUUCCCAUUUGGUAAAGUUUAUCUUUACUUGGGAUUUGCAGUUCACACCUGACACUGCGCAUGGAUAACUAUGUUGGAGGUCAGGGGGUGGGUAGCAAAUUUGAGAGACUGAAACAGAAGAGAAGGGUCAGUGAUGGGGCUUUGAAAGAGGAGAUAGCUCUAUUAAUACAAAUAUGUAAAGCCUUGGAAGUUUAAUGCAACUGCAGCUUAGGAUUAAAGCCACAGCUGCCGUUUAUGUUGAGGACUCGAGGCCACUGCCUAUUAGCCCACGUACUUAUGUCUUCUCUCUGCUAAUCUGGUGCACAGGACAAAUGCUUCAUUUUUAUUGUGAAUCCCCACCCACUACACACCUUCUAUUAAUAUGAUGAUACCAAAUUCACUUAAGGAACACGUAGGUAACUUUAGACUAAGCAAAAAGAGCUUUUUAUCUUGAAAAUUGACAAGAAUUUAUUCCUUAAGACUAUGCAGACAAGCAAGCUUGGAUUUCUGCUGGGGGAAUACAUCCCAUAAUAUGGCAAUAAUUCUCAGUUUGUCCAGUGAGAAAACAGAGAAGGGAUUAACUCUUUUGUCCUUCCAUGGUAAAAAAAACACAGAAAACACUACUGUAUUCACUUACUUUUUCCUGUACUUUGACUCCCUUCUUCUCUCCAGUUUCUACCUUCAGUUUCUAAAGUGAGUCCUUCUGCCCCUCCUGUGAAACUGUUCAGUUUCUCAAUAGAACGCAUUCUGCAAACACUGCUUCUUACCCUAAUUGACUUGCCUCUGUCAGAUUUCUUCCACUCCAUUUCACACUAUAUCAGUGUCUUCCUUCUUGCAAGAAAAGGAAAGAGAAAUUAUCUCAACUCCUGAAGGAUUACACGCAGCUGGGUAGUUUUCUGCCUGUGAAAUUAGGCAUGGCUUCUAAAUGAUUUCAAAGAAUCACUGACCCUUCUAACUCUGGGUAGUGAUGCCUCUCUGCCCAAGCUAGUUAGAUGCUUUCCUAGGAAAUCAGUUUAACUUUUGUGAGGGACGCAGGGGGCUCUAACGCUCUGUUGCCUGGGAAUCUGCAGCUGCCAGCAUUAAUUAGCCUUCCUCUUUUCUAACCUCUUGUACAGACUGUUGUCAGUCAGUGCAGCUCUCUCCCUGAUUCGGCCAUCCUGGGUGAUGUUCACGCAAGAACCAUUUUCCCUGGGGACCAUCUUACUUCUAAUGGGGCCAAAGAAUGGAAGGCAAAUGUGUAGACGACCUUUAGAUUACAGGGCAGUCUUCUCCUGGAGCAUCUUCUCCUGGCCCUGCCCCCUUCCCAUGCUGUUUGAAUUAGCCCAGCAGGAGGCUGUGACCGGGGCUAGUAGGCAGUGGCGACAUGGUCCUUCUCAAGCUGCUAAUCUUCUACUGGAGCGUCGUAGUUCUAACAGUAGAUACAAACACUUUAUGCAUGGAGUGAUUAUAUAUGGUGCUUCCUUCCUCUCCUUUGCACUGAAUCCCACAGGAACAAACCAUCACAUGGACUUAUUUUUAGCACCUUGAUUUUCCUUGAUCCCUCUAUUCCCCGCUUUUCCUGUGCUCAUUUUACCAACGUGUCAGACUGAAGGCUGCAGCUGUGUUAGCCGACCUUCAUGCCUCUCUGACGGGUGAAAUGUGGGCGAGUGAGGAAGGAGUCAUGACUGAAGAGCAGGCAGGUGCCCCCGUCACAACGUUCAGAGUGCCUGUGAAGUGACCGUCAAAGCCGUCUGGAAGCCGAGCCUUCUCUGUGCACUCGCUGCCCCUUCCGCUUCUUGUUGUUACCUGUUCAGAACUGAUCUCUCUGAGAUGAGGGAACAGGAGUCUCCUCAGGGUAAGGGUUCGGGAAAUGAGUGAGAGGCAACUAACAAGUAUGAAGAAGUAUUCGACUUUUUUACUUGUUAUCAAAGCUAUUCUUAAUCCCUGGGCACAAUAGUAGUUUUUACUUUUAGUGUCUGUCUGCAGCAGAAGGCCCUUCAGGAAAUGGAAAGUUGCUAUGCUGGCUUAAAUAAAAUAAACUGGUGUUUUGGCUUAA